AUGGCGCCACCAUCUUGGCUUCGUCGAGGAUGGACGCGUCAACAGGCGCUCAUGACACUCUUCACGCACCCGGACUUUAGCCUGCAUGAAUUCCUCAUCCCAGCCGCCCAGCUGGUGGUUGCUUUACUUCAAAAAGUCUCCCCUCCUCCGAGUUUUGUAGUGUAUCAGUUGAAGCAGAGUGUGGAGUUGUCAAGGAGCUUUGCCUUCACUUAUUGCUCUCUUUUUUUUUUUUUUGACCCUGUAAACAUCACUGUGGAUAAACGUAACCCUUUGAAGGAUGGGAAUGAGUCCGUUCAUCAUUUCAAGGAAUAUGUUAUGCAGACACUUCAGUUGGUCUCUCCAGGACGGUUCCACGGUUCCACAGUUAACUUACAAAAUAGCCCAUUAAAUGAAACCACCAGCAAAAAGGGAUGCUUUAUGCUGUUUGAUACAAAUAUCAGUGGGGAGAUAUUUAAUUUGGGCAGUUUUAUAAGUUCAGCAUUUAUGGGGGGUCCAUUUCCAGAGGGGUCAGUGUCUCUGCCGGGGGCAGUGACUUUGCAGGGGGCAGUGGCUUUGCAAGCACCUCCUGGAAGUAUAGACACUGGAAUUAUUACGUACAUAGGGCUGGGGGUUUCCUUUGCAUGCUUGCUUGCCACUUUAAUUAUUGAAACCAUCAUUUGGAAAUCAGUAGUUAAAAAGGACACUGUGUACAUGCGCCAUGUGUGCCUGGUAAAUAUAGCGGUGUCUCUUCUAUUGGCUGAUAUUUGGUUUCUCAUUAACCGUGCCAAUUCAGACUUCAUUAAACCAAUUUUGUAUUUCUUAGAUUUAGCUUCAAAUGUAUUGAUCUUCUUCUUCUUUAUGUGCUUCUCCUUUUGGAUUCUUGUGAUCGGACUUUUCCUGUUCUAUCGGGUGAUUUUCAUUUUGCAUAAGAUGAGUAGGAAAGCAGUGCUGAUUGCUGCAUUCUCUGUUGGAUAUGGUUGCCCCCUUCUCAUUAGUGUUAUUCUAGUUACAUCAGUGGUGCCGAGAGAGGCAUUUGCAAGUGGAAAUUUUACUUGGUUUGAAACCAGCAGAACCAGAGUUGUUCUUAGUUUUCUGCUACCAGUGCUGACCAUUUCAUUUUUAAAUCUCAUCAUUUUGCUGGUGGUUAUAUAUAAAUUAGUAAGGUCUCCCAAAGGAAUGAAGAGAACAAUUUCCAGCAGGAAAAUCAUCAUUCAGAUCAUUAAUAUCACUGCUGUUCUGACUCCAGUUUCUUCCGUUACUUGGGGUAUCAGCCUUGGAAUGUUUCUUGACAACGGCAAUGUAACCCUACAGUGGGUGUAUUUUGCUUUCCAUGCAUUUCAGGGAGUAUUCAUUUUGCUGUUUAAUGUCCUGCCAAAUAAAAGGGCAAGAGAAGCCCUGAGAGGCCUGUGGAGCAACUGCCGCCUCUCCAAACAGAAGGAAAUUGAAGUGAAAUGAUAUCACAGGAAGAUCAGAAGAUAUUUUUGGUGCCUAUAAUGUUAAAGACUCUCGUGCAGCCCUCCAACUACAAAUAUAAUGUAUUUACUUUCAAUUAAAGUAAUUGUCAUUACUUGGUAAAACAUACAUGUUUCACAUCAGGCUUAAACAUCCAGCAAUAGUAUUGGGUGUCCCAAAUGGGUGUCAAAAAGGUUUAUAAUAUAAAGAAUCAUAAGGAACAUGUAAAAAUCUAUCUAUAUAUCUACUGUAUAUAUCCCUCUAUUAUCUAUCAUCUAUCUAUCCCUCUAUCUCAAAU